UAACAACAGGGGGUGCUGUAGAGCAGGAAGUGACCUGCGCAGUUUGUUCAUUUUAUCGAUAGAGCACUAUAUGGCGCACACUGUUCAGACUUUACUCCUCGAACUGUGGACUGUGUAAAAACCGCAAGUCACGAUGGCCGAUCUAAGUGUACAUGCAGGAGAUAACGCCAUUCACGUGGACGUAAAGAAUUACUAUACCAAGCUGAAGAAAACUUCGGAACUGAAGACCAAUGCCUGUGUGGCUCCAGCUCAAACAAUCCCUGCCUUUGUUCACCAGGCUUUGAAAAAAGUGCACCCCGAAGUCACUGCUAGGUACUAUGGCUGUGGUCUGGUUGUGCCUGAGUGUUUGGAGGGCUGUAGGAUACUGGAUCUCGGCAGUGGAAGUGGGAGGGACUGCUAUAUGCUGAGUCAGCUGGUGGGCGAGAACGGCCAUGUCACUGGCAUCGACAUGACCGAGUCCCAGCUUGAAGUGGCCAGGAACUUCGUAGACUACCACAUGAAAGAGUUUGGCUACAAGAAGCCAAAUGUCAGUUUUGUCCAGGGCUACAUCGAGGCCUUAUUGGAGGCAGGUCUCGAAAAGAACUCAUUUGACAUAAUCAUUUCCAACUGUGUGGUGAAUCUCUCUCCAGACAAGAGACGGGUACUGGCUGAUGCUUACAGCGUCCUUAAGGACGGCGGUGAGCUGUACUUCAGUGACAUCUACAGCAGUGGAAGACUAACAGAGGAAAUAAAAAACCAUAAAGUGCUAUGGGGUGAGUGUAUUGGCGGAGCGCUCUGGUGGAAGGAUCUGCUGCAGUUGGCUGAGGAAGUGGGCUUCAGCCCCCCACGGCUGGUUACAGCCAACGUGGUCACUGUUGACAACAAAGAACUACAGGACAUUCUGGGUGACUUUAAGUUUGUUUCUGCCACGUACCGCUUGUUCAAGAUCCCAAAGGGCAACGCCAAGGCCUGUCAGGUCAUAUAUAACGGGACCAUUACAGGAGUCGAAGACAGCUUCCAGUUUGACUGGCAGUACACCUUCAAGGCCAAUCAGGUGGUGAAGGUGGAUGGAGAGGUUGCCAGCAUCCUGACACAUUCGAGAUUUGCAGAGGAUUUUACCGUCCAGCCACCGGAGGGCUCCUGUGAGCCCUGUGGAGUCAAAUCUGAGGAAGACGCUGUGGAUCCUUUCAAGCUGGCUCUUCAGUCGGACAUGCAAGGCCAGCGUUCGACCACAGGGGGGUGCUGCAGUACACAGUCUACUGCCUGCUGCAAAUGAUGUUUGGCAGUGAAGGCCCAGCAUCCUACUGUGUCCACAUGAUAGCAGCACAUCAACAGGCUUGAUUUAAUGAUGCCUUAUGCAGGGUAAUUGUGUCUUGUUAAUGUUGUCAUUGUUAAUUUUACUCAUGCACGUGUGAGAUAGUUUUUUUUAAUUUCACAUGCCUAUACGUCAUUUCAAAAAAUAAUUGCAUACAUAUAGUGACAACUUUGUAUUAAGGAAAUAUCCAAAUAUCCAUUACUGGAAACUGCAAAUUACUUAACUUCUUCCUAUACAGCUUAAUUAUCCCACUCAUCCCCAACCGCAGAAAUUAAAUGGCAUAUAUACGCAUAUAGGGUGGCACAGUGGCUCGGUGGUUAGCGCUGAUGCCUCCCAGCGAGAAGGUCGAAAAGGAGUCCAGCUCGGGCCUUUCUGGGUGGAGUUUGCAUGUUCUCCCUGUGUCCGCAUGGGUUUUCUCUGGUUUCCUCCCACCUCCAAAGACAUGCUCGUUAGGCUGAUUGGUGACUAAAAUUUGACCCUAGGGUGUGAAUGCGAAUGCGAAUGGUUGUUUGUCUAUGUGUUAGCCCUGUGAUAGGCUGGAGACCUGUCCAGGGUGUACCCCGCCUCUCGCCCGAUGCCAGCUGGGAUAGACUCCAGCAACCCCCGCAACCCUAGUGAGGAUUAAGUGGUAUGGAAGAUGAGAUGAGAUGAGAUAUACAGUAUAUCAUUCACAUUCACAAAAAAAUCUGUCAUUCACAGUACUCAAUAUGUGACAAUAAUUGAACUGAUUCAUUCAGGCAAUAUAUCCGCAGGGUGGACAUCAGUGUCAGCAGUGUUCUGAUUAACAUCUGUUUCAUUAUGUCAGUUAUUGCUUCUAAGGCGAUAAAUAAAUCAUUUCAAUCUGUGUAAA